UGUACUCUUGCUGGAUUUUAAAUUAAGAUUUGUUCUGGUACUACCCAGCUAGUAACUUUAUUUAGAUGCUUUUGCUUGCCCGACUAAAAACAUCAAACUUCUCCUGUGGUAGAAGUUUAGGUGGAUUCUAAUUUGCAUACCAUCCUCUACUUUUCAUCAAUCAUGAGCACGACUAAAUCUACUAUUCCAAAUCGUCUGACUCAAUUCAUACACGCACAUCCCCAUUACAAUUAUAUUUGGCUCUCUUUACGCCUUAAUUCUACUACAAGUCACAUCCCCAUUACAAUUUUUAGUUCUUCAUCACGCGGACGAUGCGCUCCUCUUCUAAUUGAAGCAGACAUCUAUCAAGAAGCAAUCGAUACGGCGCUGACGAAGGUAGACACUUUUCUCGUCAAGCACUUGCCGUAUCUCCUGGAGCAAUUGUACUACGAACGAAACUACAAACGCAGCAGUGGAACAGACUUGGCGAAUGUUGCUCAUGGUGCAGCUGCAGGGGAAUUAAGGCGUGGAUGGAGCGAUCCUCAAUUCUUGUUCUGGAAAUUAUUGGUUUACUCACAAGGACAUAGCUUAACUUUCCUGAGACAGCUAAGGUCUACUAAGUUACCUCAAGUAGAGCAAAAAAGUUAUUGGUUUACCGCUCAUCCACAGAAGGACUCAUGAUUUGGUAAUGCAUCAGUUCCUCUGUUUCUGUUCAGGUAGUUUAUCCUCAAGGAGACUGGUCAGUGGUUAGAGUCUAAGACAGGAGCGAGAAGAUAACAACGGCA